AUGGAGAAAAAUGGAAAUUCCUCUGGUAACAGUAAAGAAUCUGUGAACAAAUGGAUGGCAUUUGCUAACAAAAAUGAUGAAAACUCAGCAGCAAAGAAGGCUCCUUCUGGUGGUGAUGAUGAUGAUCAAAUUCUAACCGAAGCGGCCAUAGCCGAGAGGACGGCGGAAUGGGGACUUGUUGUGAACACGAGCAAUUUCAAAGCAGGAAUUGAGACAUCAAGUUCUUCAAUUGAUGGAAGAAGCAUGUCGGAUAGGUUCGUUGAAUCGACGAGGACUUCGGGUGAAUCGAAUUCUGCGUCGGAGGCUAAGUUGUCAGGGUUGAUUCCAAGAGUUUCACAGGACUUGAAAGAAGCAUUGGCUACACUUCAACAAACAUUUGUUGUGUCAGAUGCAACUAAACCUGAUUGUCCUAUUUUGUAUGCAAGCAGUGGUUUUUUUACUAUGACUGGUUACUCUUCAAAAGAGGUUAUUGGAAGGAAUUGCCGAUUUCUUCAAGGACCUGAAACUGACAUGAAUGAAGUAGCGAAAAUUCGGGAUGCAACUAAGAAUGGGAGAAGCUAUUGCGGCAGGCUUUUAAACUACAAGAAAAAUGGGACACCAUUUUGGAAUCUUCUAACUGUCACACCAAUCAAAGAUGAUCAUGGCAAUACUAUCAAAUUCAUAGGAAUGCAGGUUGAGGUGAGCAAGUACACGGAAGGUGUGAAUGAGAAGGAACUAAGACCAAAUGGAUUACCAAAAUCAUUAAUUCGCUACGACGCUCGUCAAAAGGAGAAAGCUAUGGGUUCAAUCACUGAGGUAAUUCAAACUGUUAAGGAUCCUAAAUCAAUUAUUCGCGGUAAGAACGAUGACACUUCCACCACAUUGCAUGAAGAGCAAGAGAAUCUCAAUCAUGAGUUUGCUUUGCCAAAGUCUGUUGAAUCUGUGAAUGCUGGUACACCACUUGGUAGACACACUCCAUCGAACUUCCUUGGUGAUAGUAAUAACAUUUCGCGCUUUAGUUCUUACGAAGAAAGGAACAAGUCGUCAAGAAAAUCAGCAGUUUCUUUGAAAGGUAAUAAAGGGAAAUCAAUGAGUUCUCUAGGGAGAGAUAAGGAGAAGGCUAUUAUUGAACCUGAAGUUCUGAUGACAAAGGAAGUAGAAUGGUCCAAUUGGGAACUAGGAGAAAGGGAUAUCAGACAAGGAAUUGAUUUAGCAACUACAUUGGAAAGGAUAGAAAAGAAUUUUGUGAUUUCUGAUCCUAGACUUCCAGAUUGUCCUAUAAUAUUUGCGUCAGAUAGCUUUCUUGAGCUUACAGAAUACACGCGAGAAGAAAUUUUAGGUCGAAACUGCCGGUUUCUUCAAGGACCAGAAACAGACCAGGCAACUGUCUCUAGGAUUAGAGAUGCUAUCAGAGAUCAGAGGGAAAUCACAGUUCAGUUGAUCAAUUAUACUAAGAGCGGAAAGAAAUUCUGGAAUCUGUUUCACUUGCAGCCUAUGCGUGACCAAAAGGGUGAACUUCAAUACUUCAUUGGUGUUCAACUAGAUGGAAGUGACCAUUUAGAGCCUUUAAGAAACCGCCUCUCUGAGGGUUCUGAGCUUCAAAGUGCUAAAUUGGUGAAAGCCACUGCAGAAAAUGUUGAUGAAGCUGUUAGAGAACUUCCUGAUGCCAAUUUGAGACCAGAAGAUUUGUGGGCAAUUCAUUCUCAAGAAGUUCUUCCAAGACCACACAAACGGGACAAUCCUUCUUGGGUAGCUAUUCAAAAGAUAACCGCAAGAGGCGAGAAAAUUGGCCUUCAUCAUUUUUCUCCCAUUAGGCCUUUGGGUUGUGGAGAUACUGGCAGUGUUCAUUUAGUGGAACUUCGAGGUACCAACGAAUUAUAUGCAAUGAAAGCAAUGGAAAAGUCUGUAAUGCUAAAUCGUAAUAAGGUUCAUCGAGCGUGCAUUGAAAGAGAGAUUAUAUCAUUACUAGAUCAUCCUUUUCUUCCAACACUAUACACCUCAUUUCAGACAGAAACACAUGUAUGUUUGAUUACUGACUUCUGCCCUGGGGGUGAGUUGUUCGCGUUACUCGACAGGCAACCCAUGAAGAUUUUAAAAGAAGAUUCAGCAAGAUUCUAUGCAGCAGAGGUUGUUAUCGGUUUGGAAUAUCUCCAUUGUUUGGGUAUAGUUUAUCGUGACUUAAAGCCCGAAAAUCUCUUGCUCCAGAAGGAUGGCCAUGUUGUAUUAACUGAUUUCGAUCUAUCAUUUAUUACAUCUUGUAAACCCCAGGUUAUGAAGCAGUCAAUACCUGGUAAUAGAAGCAGUAGAAGAUCUCGAAGUCAGCCACCGCCGAUAUUUUUUGCAGAGCCAGUUACACAAUCGAACUCAUUUGUUGGAACUGAAGAAUAUAUUUCCCCGGAAAUCAUAACCGGAGCGAGGCAUACAAGUGCUAUCGACUGGUGGACCCUCGGUAUCCUGUUGUACGAGAUGCUAUACGGACGUACACCAUUUAGAGGAAAGAACAGGCAGAAGACAUUUUCCAACAUCUUACACAAGGAUCUUACCUUUCCAAGCAGCAUCCCGGCUAGUCUUGCAGCCAGGCAGAUUAUUAAUGCACUAUUGCAAAGAGACCCGGGCAGUCGUCUAGGUUCAACUACAGGAGCGAACGAAAUCAAACAACAUCCUUUUUUCCGUGGAAUCAAUUGGCCUUUAAUCCGCAACAUGAGUCCACCACCUUUAGAUGUUCCUCCUCAAUUUAUAGGAAAAGAUCCAGCCUUAAAAGGCAAGAAAUGGGAAGAUGAUGGUGUGCUAACUAGUUCCAUUGAUAUGGAUAUUUUUUGA